GGCGGCGGCGCCGGCUGCCGCGGAGCCAGCCGAGUCCCAGCGCCUCACCUGCGCCCGCUGCGGCGGGCCCACCGACCGCCUCGCCACAGCGUGCCUGUGUCGUGCUCAUCUUGCCGGAUCUGUGGUGAAGAAGUGUUCAGUGCAGCCUGGAGGGAGGAUUAAUUUAUUUUUGGAAAUCAAGUGCAAUAUUAAAGGAAAGCAAACCGCACUGCAUUAUUGGAAGCCAUUUCUGCUAAUUUUAUUACAUUUUAAAAUUGAUGGUUUGAUUUGCAUACUGUCAUGGGAGGAGCUGUGAGUGCUGGGGAAGAUAAUGAUGACUUGAUUGAUAACUUAAAAGAAGCGCAGUAUAUCCGCACUGAGAGAGUGGAGCAAGCCUUCAGAGCGAUUGAUCGCGGAGAUUACUAUGUGGAAGGCUACCGGGACAGUGCUUACAAGGACUUAGCCUGGAAACAUGGCAACAUACACUUGUCAGCACCAUGCAUUUACUCUGAAGUGAUGGAGGCGCUGAAACUUCAACCAGGAUUGUCUUUUCUUAACCUGGGAAGUGGAACCGGAUAUUUAAGUACAAUGGUGGGCUUAAUUUUAGGUCACCUCCACAGGCAGAGGAUUCCCAGGUUUCCAGCACCAGGUCUGUCUGCUGAGCUCUGGACACUCCGCAUCCUCCAAGCUGGCCAACAAGCUGGAUACUUGAUUAUGCAGUGCUUACUGCAUGCCUCUUCUUCAGUGUGCACGAGAUGCCCAAGUCUGUCUCCAGCUCAAGGUCCUUUUGGAAUAAAUCAUGGGAUUGAGCUUCAUUCAGAUGUGGUGGAGUAUGCCAAGGAAAAACUGGAGAGCUUCAUCAAAAAUAGUGAUAGCUUUGAUAAAUUCGAGUUCUGUGAACCUGCAUUUGUGGUUGGUAAUUGUCUGCAGAUAGCGUCCGACAGCCAUCAGUAUGAUCGGGUCUACUGUGGGGCUGGAGUGCAGAAGGACCAUGAGCACUACAUGAAGAUCCUGCUGAAGGUCGGGGGCAUCCUCGUGAUGCCUAUAGAAGACCAGUUAACACAAAUUAUGCGAACUGGACAGAACACUUGGGAAAGUAAAAACAUCCUUGCUGUGUCAUUUGCCCCACUUGUGCAGCCGAGCAAGAAUGACAAUGGCAAACCAGAUUCUGUGGGCCUCCCCCCCUGUGCUGUCAGGAAUCUGCAGGACUUGGCUCGUAUUUACAUUCGACGCACACUUAGAAAUUUCAUAAAUGAUGAGAUGCAGGCCAAGGGGAUUUCUCAGAGGGCUCCGCCCAAAAGGAAGAGGAAGAGGGUCAAGCAGAGGAUUAACACUUACGUCUUUGUGGGGAAUCAGCUCAUUCCUCAGCCUCUAGACAGUGAGGAGGAUGAGAAGAUGGAGGAAGAUGAAGAGGGGGAGGAGAGAGAGCGCGGCGAAACCCAGAAGCUGGAGGAGCCGCCCCAGAACCUGCUGCGGGAGAAGAUCAUGAGGCUCCCCCUGCCCGAGUCUCUGAAAGCUUACUUGACGUAUUUUCGGGAAAAAUAACUUAGAGCAAGAAGAAAGAAUGCCUACUGAUAAUUCCUUUAGUCUUGAAAAUGUAGCAUUUGUUAGAGGUUAAAAGAGAAUUCUUUCUUUCAUCACAGUGACUUUUUAGUGGAAAAAGUAUAACUUGUUUCUGUCUUAGUAAUAAAAAUGAUGUAUUCUGUGAUUAAAAAGAAUCCCUUUUAUAAAAUAUAUUUUUCUUUAAAUCUUGGAAAAAUUGCUGUUUAACUCGGAGCAGCUUCAAGAGUGGAAUGUAACAGUAGUCGAGACUGGGUCCUUCAGAUCCUCGUCUGGUUCCUUACAGACUAGUAGUGGUGAGGGUUAGAUUUGAUUUUCCAUAAGGUGAAAUAAUCGUGAAGCAUAUGUAGUCUGAUUCGAAUUGCAGCCAUUUGCAUUUCCUCCAUGAAACCUUUAUCUAACAAGGAAAUCAGAAGCUUUGUGUGUUGCAGUCACUAUUGCUGAGUUGCUGUAGGUCUGUUCCGGGCAAUGUAUGAGUGCAAUAACGAUGCAGAUACGGAGUAACGUAGCUUUAAAAAGCCUCCUUUCAGGGAGUUCAACAGCACUGCUCUCUUGCUCUUGAAUCUGUUGCCAAAAGACAUGGGGAAAACAUCUUCUCUCAUAGAGAUUUUAGGAGCACGUCAAGUGAAUAUUGAAGUAAAACGUAUAUACUUAAUACAACUGUUAGUUUGUGUGGACCCUUUACAUUUUCAGUAUUUAACAAUGAUCAGGUUAUCUUACUUUGAAGUUUUAGAAGACAGUAUAUUUAGGACGGUUUUCCCUGUAGCCCACCGUAUAAAGUAUUUGCUUUAAGAGAGUCCGUUGUCCUACGCGACUGUGGGUGGCUCAUCGGUGAAUCGGCCUGAGCGGGCUGGUCACGGGUGCACUUUAGCAAAGGGAACUCCUGGUUCAUUGGCAGGUUCAUCCUUGACAAGUAGGGCUGCGCCAGCCUGCAUUUGCUUUGAAAUUCAUCUUUGUAGCAUAGAAAGUAUUCACAGAAAUUAUAUGUAGGUGACCUUUUCUUUGAAACUUCGGAAUCAUUGUGUAAUCUUUGGGAUCUACAUUGGGCUCAUUUAAUUUCUUCCCAUGUUUUUAUUUUGUUCUUGUUUCUUGUGGUAAAGUAACAGUGAUUUUCAUUUUUUUGCUUAAUAUCACAUACUACUGUAUUCAUUAUUUGAAUGUCAGUAGUGAAACAGGUGGUAAAUGCCAUUAUUAGUGUGUUUCUUUUCUUCCUACUAGGGCCUGAAGAGUCAUUCCUUGUUUAAGAAAGUAUACAGCGUAGCAUAUUUACUAUUUAGUGUUCCAUGGAUUAUAUAUUUUUUAAAAGGAAAAAUUUGAGAGUAUCACUUACCACCACCAGCAUCACUGUUAACAACUGUUGAACAAGUAUGCUUGAGGAAACGCACUCAAUGUGUAGUGGAAGGAUUAUUAUGUCUCUGCAAAGAUUCAACCGUUAGAUGAAUGGUUUAAAAAAAUCUCAGCUCUGGUAAUUCCACACAUCUAAAAACAACUGUUUGAAAUAUUCUAAGCGUGAACUAUCCCAGGUAAAUCAGGAUAUUUUAGUAAUGUGAAAGAUAAUUUCGUGGAAGCUGUUUGUUUUUUACCAUGGACUGGGCUUGGGCGUUGGGGGUGUCUCCACAAUUUUUCUUAGGUGAUUACUAAGCUGUUAUUGUUAAGAAAUGCCCCAUUCAUUUCUAUCAAGGAAAAAAAAAUAGUUUCAUACAAUUAUCAUGUUAGAAAUGUUCAUUUUAUUUUGAAAUCAGUGUCCAUUUUAGAAGUUUAAUUUUGAGUUAAACUUAUUUUUAUCUCGCCGCCCCCCCACCAGUUUGUUGUUUUUGGGGCAAGUGUUCAGAUACGUAAACACAACGUUUUCUUAAAUCAUGGUGUUAACUAUUCAUGAGGGACGUUUUUGUUAAGGAUAUAUUUGAAGAUGGAGUUUUUCACAUCAGCUUUCAUUCUGUUGGCUUUGGCAAAAUGUACAGUAGGUUUUCAUAAUCAUUGCCUAUUUUUUGUCAUUGAAAUGUAUCUUUUGUGUUUUUAAAUGCAUUUAUUUCACAGUUGUGACUUUACUAUUGACUUUAAAUAAAGAAGUAGAAAUAAAAAAUGAAAUUUUAAGCAAAAGCCCUUUUAUCUAUUAAUGGGAAUAUAUUAGAAUGAUUAAGAAUAUUUUGGGUGUUUAUUUUUUAAUGAAUCAUGUUAUAUUUGAGUGUGGAUAAUUAUGCUUUAUAGGUGGAGAGGUAGCAAAUAAAGUUGAAGUAAUUGAAAAUGAUCAGAGUAUUCAUGGGAUUUUACAGUGGGGUAAUUAUUUGUUUUUGCGGCGAGAAAGUAGGCCUAGGGAGGGAGCACGACGACUCCCCCCCCCUCAGUCAGAUUGCUGCUUGGAGAUGGCUUGAAAUAGCAUCCAGAAUCUGAUAAAGCCCGAGAAACUGCCAGCAACACCAUAACUGCCAGGAACAGCAUUUAAAUCUGUACUGCUUAUUGGUCGAUAUAUCUGGUUCUAGUACUAAUAAAGAAAAAUGUCAUUAAAAUAGCAUACAUAGUAGUUAAAAUACAGAAUGUGUAAGUGUUGGUUUCUAGCUGUUUGAGAGGACAAAAGUGAAGCAAAACCUGUUAAUUUAUGGGAAAACUUGGAAAAUUAUUUUAAAUAAACAGUUGCAUAUAAUUAA